CAAAAAAAAAAACUUGGAUAAAAAGACAAAAGGUCACACACGAGCCACAAAAGGCACAUGUGUGAAACUGAAACACAACAAAGCCACUUGUUAGUGUGUUUGGUCAACACUGUAAAUACGAACAAAACCGAAUCCACCCACGAGUUAUCUCAUCUCACAGCUCUUCCUUCAACUCUCUCUUUCACUCAUUCUUCUAGGGUUAGCUAAUCUAUCUUCAAUUUCUUUUAACAAAAAAUGGAGUCUAAUUCGUUGAUCAAUUACCCCUCUCGAUCAGAUUUGUUGUGUUUGGAAGAAGAUGUGAAAGGAGAAGAAGACAAUGUGAAAGCAGAGUUUAUCUGCCCCUUCUGUUCAGAUGAGUUUGAUAUUCUUGGCCUUUGUUGCCACAUUGAUGAAGAGCAUCCUGUUGAAGCCAAGAACGGGGUUUGUCCUGUCUGCUCAAAGAAGGUGGGAUUAGACAUCGUUGGCCAUAUUACAACGCAACACUGCAACGUUUUCAAGAUAUCCUUUUUGAAGUUUGGAUACUACCUUCUAUGUUUUUUGUUUUGUACCAUCAUUGCUGGAGUUUGGAGGGUCGUUUUGGUACUCCUUGAUGUGUUAAGAGUUUACGUGCAGCGAAGGAGAAGGCUGCGUAGAGGUGGAUAUAGCUCUAACUAUCUUACACUAAGAAAAUCUCUCGGAGUUGGAGGAGCUUCCACUUUCAUUCCCUCAUCCAAUCUAGAUUCUGAUCCUUUGCUCUCAUCCUUUAUGUUUCGUCCUCCUUUGGCUAAUGAGCUUGUCAUACCCAUCGAGGAAAGAGACUGUGUAACAAAAGUCUCACCUAAGGACACCUCUCAAAGGCUAUCACUUUCGAAUGAAGAUCAAGAGAAGGCAAGAAAGAGUGAGUUUGUGCGAGAUUUGUUGUGGUCAACCAUGCUUGAAGACAAGUUAUAAUCUCUUACUAGUAAUGGUGAAUCAAGAGAUGUAUGUAGCAGAGCGUAGUAGCUUAUGAGUGUAUGUAUGUUGUCAGAAUGUACUUGUUGGGGGAACCUUAAUGUGCAUAUUCAAGAAAUGGAACUUCUUCCUCUA